AUGGAUUCAGUUAAACAACCUGCGGUGACCCCAAGUAAGAGCAGAUUGGCCCGCACUUUUGCUAAGGUUUUACACAUUCGGGCUGUAACAGGUGUUGCUCCAGUCGAUGGAAUUCAGAAAACCAAGUCCCAUGAAAAUGCCAAACAUGAUGCCAUAGACAGAGAUGAAAAGCUUCGGACCAGACCAGCCACUGAUCCCAAGCAUCGUUCAAGCUUUGGGUCUCUGUUGUUGGACAACGAAGAUGAAAAGCUUUGGAUCAGAGCAGCCAUUGAUGGAAUUCAGAAAACCAAGUCCCAUGACAAAGUCAAGCAUUAUGACAUGGACAAAGUGGAAAAGCUUCGGAUCAGAGCAGCCACUGAAGCUUUUCUUGCAAAACUGUUUGCCAGCAUUUCUUCUGUUAAAGCUGCAUAUGCCCAGUUACAGUUUGCUCAGUCUCCGUAUGAUGCAGAAGGGAUUCAAUCUGCUGAUCAGUUGGUAGUUUCGGAGUUAAAAAAAUUGUCUGAAUUGAAGCAUUGUUACUUGAAGAAACAGUUUUAUGCUGCUUCUCCUGAAACUGCCCUAUUGUCUGCUGAACUUCAGGAGCAUAAGAGUCUUCUGAACACCUAUGAAAUUAUGGCAAAAAAGUUGGACUCUCAGCUUAAGCUCAAAGACUCGGAAAUCACCUUUCUUAGAGAGAAAUUGGAGGAGGACAAGAGAGAGAAAAAGAUGCUUGAAAAGAGAUUGAAUUCAAGUGGGCCAUUAUCCAUUCAUGACAAUCUUCAUUUAUCAGGCUUGAGCCCCAGCCAUUUCAUUACAGUUCUUAGGCAGACAAUUAAAUCAAUUAGGAGCUUUGUUCGGUUGAUGAUCAGUGAGAUGGAAUCUGCAGGGUGGGAUUUAGAUGAAGCAGCCGAUUCAAUUGAAUCGGAUGUCAUGUACUGGAAGGCGAACCACAAAUGUUUCGCAUUUGAGUCCUUUGUUAACCGAGAGAUGUUUGAUGGUUUCAACUACCCGAACUUCUCUCCUCCAAAUGAGACUUUGCUGGAGCGAAAAACACAGCAGCGUCUAUUCUUUGACAGAUUCAUGGAAUUGAAAUCCAUGAAACCAGAGGAAUAUCUUGCCUGGAAGCCUAAAUCAACCUUUGCGAAAUUUUGUCGCUCCAAGUACUUGAGACUUGUUCAUCCGAAGAUGGAAUCAUCGCUUUUAGGCAAUACGAAUCAGAGAAAGUUGGUGAGUUCUAGUAAAUAUCCUGAAACAACCUUCUUUGCCACAUUUGCUGAAAUGGCGAAGCGGGUUUGGCUCCUGCAUUGUCUGGCCUUCUCUUUCGAACCUGAAGCCUCAAUCUUUCAAAUGAGGAAAAGGAGUCGAUUCUCUGAAGUGUACAUGGAGACCGUGAACGAAGAAGCAUUCUUAUCAUCUAAUGGCACACCGGAAAGUGAAACUCGUGUGGCUUUCACAGUGGUUCCGGGGUUCAAGGUUGGCAAAACUGUUAUACAGUGUCAG